AUGGGGUGCAAUAUGUGCGUGGUGCAGAAGCCAGAGGAACAGUACAAGGUGAUGCUGCAGGUGAAUGGGAAGGAGCUCACCAAGCUGUCUCAGGAGCAAACCCUUGAGGCACUACGCUCUUCCAAGGAGCCCCUGGUCAUCCAGGUGCUGAGACGCAGCCCUCGCCUCCGGGGGGACACUUCCUGCCAUGAUCUGCAGCUGGUGGACAGUGGUACACAGACUGACAUCACCUUCGAGCAUAUCAUGGCGCUGGGCAAGCUGCGCCCACCCACCCCACCCAUGGUCAUCCUGGAGCCGUACGUCCUUUCCGAGCUGCCCCCUAUCAGCCAUGAGUAUUAUGACCCGGCGGAGUUCAUGGAGGGCAGCCAGCAGGAGGCUGACCGGAUGGACGAGCUGGAAUACGAGGAGGUGGAACUGUGUAAGACCAGCCACCGGGACAAGCUAGGUCUGACGGUCUGCUACCGUACCGAUGACGAAGAGGACUUGGGCAUCUAUGUUGGAGAGGUCAAUCCCAACAGCAUUGCAGCCAAGGAUGGCCGGAUCCGUGAGGGUGACCGCAUCAUCCAGAUUAAUGGUGUGGACGUCCAGAACCGGGAGGAGGCGGUGGCCAUCCUGAGUCAGGAGGAGAACACCAACAUUGCCCUGCUGCUGGCCCGCCCCGAGAGCGAGCUGACAAGACGCUGGAAGGACAGCGACCGAGAUGACUUCUUGGAUGACUUUGGCUCUGAGAAUGAAGGGGAUCCCCGGGCUCGGAAGUUGAAAUCCCCCCCUGCCCAACCGGUGGGGAAUGAAGAGGAGCAGGGGGCUCCCACCGGGGACCCAGGCCUGAGCAACAGCCAGGAGCUGGAUAGUGGGGUGGGCCGGACUGACGAGAGCACACGCAAUGAGGAGAGCUCUGAGCACGACCUCCUGUGUGACGAGCCCCCCAGCACCACCAACACCCCUGGCAGCCUGCGCAAGUUUGGCCUCCAGGGGGAUGCUCUGCAGAGUCGGGACUUCCACCUGAGCACGGACUCUGUGCUGGCUGAGGGCGCCGGACUGGGUGCCGGCGAUGUCCCGGGCCUCACUGGAGAGGAGUGUGAGCGCUACCGGGAGCUCCUGGAGAUCAGGGGCCACUUGGAGAACGGCAACCCUAACCCACUGGGCCUGCUCUUCCCGCGUGGCCCAGGGGGCACUAGCGCGCUCGAUGUCAACCGCAAUGAGAGCCUGGGCCACGAGAUGGCCAUGCUGGAGGAGGAGCUGCGCCACCUGGAGUUCAAGUGCCGAAACAUCCUGCGGGCACAGAAGAUGCAGCAGCUGCGGGAGCGCUGCAUGAAGGCCUGGUUGCUCGAGGAGGAAGGUCUCUACGCCCUAGGGGCCAGCGAGCACCCGAAGCACGAGCUAUCUGAUAUCUCUGAGCUGCCGGAGAAAUCUGACAAGGACAGCACUAGCGCCUACAACACUGGGGAGAGCUGCCGUAGCACCCCUCUGCUCACAGAGCCGCUGCCCGAGAGCCCCUUGAGACGGGCCGCCACCACCACCACCACUGCUGCCAACUCCAACCUGAACCGGACCGCAGCCAGCGCGUCCGGCACCGCCACACCCAAGGCAUCCCCCACACAGGGGAGCCCUGCCAAGUUCCGCUCCCUGACCCGGGAGGCCGAGACGGGCCGUAGGCAGCAUUCAGAGGAGCGUGUCCGCCGUAGCCCCAAGACGGGAGUGACCUUAGAGCGGGUGGGCCCAGAGGGCAGCCCAUACCUGUCCCGGCGCCAUCGUGCCCAGGGCCAGGAAAGUGAGUACUUCCAAAGCUGUGGGUCGCUGGCCUCAGCGAGGGGCCUGGAGGAGUUAGCCCACGGCCCCUUGAGCUUGGCAGGUGGCCCCCGGGUGACUGGUGCUGCCCCGGGUGCUGAAGCCCCCCGCAUGGAGUGGAAGGUGAAGGUCCGCAGUGACGGGACCCGGUACGUGGCCAAGCGGCCCGUGCGUGACCGACUCCUGAAGGCCCGGGCACUGAAGAUCCGGGAAGAACGCAGCGGCAUGACAACCGAUGACGAUGCAGUGAGUGAGAUGAAGAUGGGCCGCUACUGGAGCAAGGAAGAGCGUAAGCAGCACCUGAUCCGAGCCCGUGAACAGCGAAAGCGGCGAGAGUUCAUGAUGCAGAGCCGUCUGGAGUGUCUGCGUGAACAGCAGAGCAGCGAGAGUAAGGCCGAACUCAACAUCAUUGCCCUGAGCCACCGCAAGACCAUGAAGAAGCGGAACAAGAAGAUCUUGGACAACUGGAUCACCAUCCAGGAGAUGCUGGCCCACGGUACCCGCUCUGCCGAUGGCAAGAGGGUCUAUAACCCGCUGCUGUCUGUCACCACCGUCUGA